UAUAAAACAGCAGAGGCAGUGUCGGACGUUAUCUCUCAGGUUCAGAUUGUGUGAAGAAACUCCUCAUCAUGUCACCGAAGAAGGCGAAGAAGAAGUCGCCCGAGGGCGGCUCCAACGUGUUCAGCAUGUUUGAGCAGUCGCAGAUUCAAGAGUUCAAGGAGGCUUUCACCAUCAUGGACCAGAACAGAGAUGGUUUCAUUGACAAGGGGGACCUGAGAGACACAUAUGCUGCCCUGGGUCGUCUCAAUGUCGGCAAUGAUGAGCUGGACGAGAUGAUGAAGGAGGCUCCCGGACCCAUCAACUUCACCAUCUUCCUCGCGAUGUUUGGCGAGAAGCUCAAAGGAACGGACCCAGAGGAAACUAUUCUUAACGCAUUCAAGAUCUUUGACCCCGAAGGAACAGGCGUCCUACGAGGAGACGACAUCAAAUAUCACCUAAUGUCUCAGGCCGACAAGUUCACAGAGGAUGAGAUAAACCAGAUGUUCUCGAACUUCCCGCUGGAUGUUGCCGGAAAUCUGGAUUACAAGAACCUGUGUUACGUCAUCACCCACGGAGAGGACAAAGAGCAGGAGUGAAACCACCCUCUGAGAUUCUUCAACCAUCACUUUUAGUCUUGUUUCACUCACAAUUUAACAAUAAAAGUUUCAUACCUUUGUUCAUUGA